CCCAACCUUAUCCAAAAACCAAUACCACACGUCAAAGCCACACUAUAUAUACCAGUUGCGUUGAAUAACAUCUAACAUAGAACCAAAGAUAACCGAACAUCAGAGGUAGAUAAACCGGAGAUAACCGAUUAAAUGGCGGACAUAGCGAUUUUGGUGGCGGAGGAGUACGAGAGGAGGAUGAAGCAUACGACGGUGGGUUCGAGAUCAUCGCCGGUGGAAUUUGAUUGGUGGAAGAUAAUUCCGGCGAAGAUGACUAUAGCUUUUGACAAGAUGAAGAUUGAGAGUUUGAAGAAGAAUUUUGAAGCUAAAUCUGAGUUUGCUUUAGCCAUCUCUCAUGGCUUCUUCUCUGCUUGAUUCCAUUUUGUUCAUAGCUAAUUUCGUUUCUUAAUUUCUGUUUUUUUUUUUUGCUUUUUGGGAAGUUUUAUGUAAAUAUAUGUAAAUUAAUCUGUUUAUUUUAUCAACCGUUGAAUCAAUGACUUGGUCUUCUCCGGCGAAUCACUGUUGAGUAAAAAAAGAUA